UUGAACUGGUACCAAUGGAUGGAGGGCCGAGAGCCUUUCAAAUCGUGGGAAGAGCUUAAGGCAGCCGUAAUCGCAAGAUUCUGGCCGUCGUUCCAAGGAUCUGCACAUGAAGCGUUGGUGGCGCUGAAGCAAAACUCCACCGUGACUGAGUACAGAGAAGAUUUCGAAUCCCAUACGGCACCGGUGAAGGAUUUGGGGAAAGAAUUAUUGAUGGGUGUUUUUGUUAACGGGCUCAAGGAAGAAAUUAGAGCUGAACUGAGAUUGUUAAGGCCCAAGUCCCUUGAGGAUCUGAUUGAGCAGGCCCAUCGUGUGGAGGAAAAAAACUGGGUCAUGGAUAGAUGUCGGCCCAAGCCUUUCAAAACCCAGGGAGCCAAAGAGAGUUAUACCCGAGUGUCCAAUAGCCCAGAUCUGACCCGACCCGACCCGCAUGGUGGUCCAACCCAGCAAGAGUACCCAGUAGCCCCGACUCGACCCGACCCACGUGGUGGCCCAACUCAUCAAAACUAUCAGAAUCCAGCCAAAACGCGUCAUCGCGUGCACCCGAUAGGAGAGAGAGAGCGCCGAAGAAUGGAGUUACGGGUUUCCGAGGAGGUUCAGGGGGAACUUUCCGGCGAUUAUCUGAAGCAGAAAUUCAGUUUAAACGGGAGAGGGGGCUCUGCUUCCGAUGUGACGAGAAGUUCGGGCCUAAUCAUUGCUGCCGAAGUAAAUCCUUACAGAUUUUGUUAGCCUGGGAGGACGAUGCGGCCGAGGAGAGUGAACUUCCACCGGGAAAUGACGAAAUCCCUAACCCAGAAGGUACUGACUUGGCUCUUUCCUUAAAUUCCAUUGUGGGUAUUACGUCCGACAAAACCCUGAAGGUAAAGGGGCAGAUUGGGAAAGCCGAUGUGGUUGUGCUGGUUGACAGUGGGGCGUCACAUAAUUUUAUUUCGCAAGAGUUGAUUGAAAGGCUGGGUAUUGUGGUGGAAAAGGGUAAGCUCUUUGGGGUAAUGGUGGGAAAUGGAGUCACAGUGAAGGGAGAAGGGGUGUGUCGGCAAGUUUCUCUGGAUGUACAGGGGAUUCAGAUUAGACAGGAUUUUUUCCCUUUUGAGUUGGGAGGAGCUGACAUUGUUUUGGGGGUGACAUGGCUAAGUUCCUUAGGGGAUG